GUGCAUUCUGGACUCUCAGUGUUCUUUCUGUACUGCUUGGAAGCUGACAUUUGAGACAAGCUGCGAAUCUGUGCGUCGUUGUGUGCUGCAGGCAGGUAGAUGACAUGCAGGGUGAGCCAUGGACCAGAUCACCUUCCAUUAUGACACGGUGCUGUCUGACGUUCACCUGUUGCUGCCCAACUCUUGCCACCUCAUGGCACGCCUUAACAGCGUAGGACAACCAGUGUUCAUCUCCCGGUUCAGAAUCCUGUGGGACGGAGCAAAGCAGGACACCUGUGACCUCGGUUCCCCAUGCGGAGGGGAAGAGUUAGACCGCGACACCCAGGAGGAGAAGGGAAGGGGAGAUGCUAGGGGGAGUGAGACAGGGGCUGACGGAGACGGAGGGGCUGACGGAGGGGCUGACGGAGGGGAGGACGGAGGGGUAGAACCACCCCUGGAUGAAGAUGGAGAUCUAGCGGUAACACGCAGACAGAGCCUCCCUAGGAUGGACAGAGACAGAGACGUGGUCUACCCCAUCAUCCUCAGCCAGGCAAGAAGAGAGGAAGAGGAGGAGGAAGAGGAGGAGGAGUGUCCUAGAGACGUCAUCAGGAUAGAACACACUAUGGCCACGCCUUUAGAAGAUGUUGGUAAACAGGUCUGGCGUGGUGCGUUCCUAUUGGCUGAUUUAAUCCUGUCUCAGCCAACUACGUUCAGAGGAGCCACCGUCUUGGAGUUGGGGGCGGGGACUGGGCUGACCAGCAUAGUCAUGGCAACGGUGGCCAAAACUGUGUACUGCACAGACGUUGGGGAGGACCUACUGAGCAUGUGCCAGAAGAACGUGAUUUUAAACAGACACCUGAUGGAGCCUGCAGGUGGGGAGGUGCGAGUACGUCUACUGGACUGGCUCAGACACGAUCUCUGCACAGAUGCUGAUGCAGAGUUUGGAUGGACGGAGGAUGAAGUGGCAGAUCUCCAUGACAACACAACGGUUAUCAUCGCGGCUGAUGUGUGCUAUGAUGACGAUCUGACAGACGCGCUGUUCCGAACUCUGUACAGAAUCUGUAACAACCUCCAUCUCCCCUGUACUACAUACCUGUCUAUAGAGAAGAGGCUGAACUUCACUCUGAGACACCUGGAGGUAUCCUGCGAGGCCUACAACCAUUUCCGCAACUGUCUGUGUGAGAUGCAGGAGCUAAGGGACGGCCGGACAUGCUUCACAGUGGAGCAGGUCACCCCCUCCUUCCCACAGUGCCUGCUGUAUGAGCGCAUAGAGCAGCUGGAGUUGUGGAAAGUGACAGCGGUGCCUGUCUAACCCCCUCGGAGGAGCUGACCUGCUCCUACACCUGCACCUUGACCUGCUCCUACACCUGAGACAUGGAGUUUUCUGAUCUUAGACCUAGUGUUUUCUGAACCUCUUGUGGUCAGUGUUGAUAAAGUAUUGAUACAAUAUAGAGAUUAUUUAUAUACAGUACCAGUCAAAGUUUGGACACACCUACUCAUUCAAGGGUUUUUCUUUAUUUUUUACU